AUUCGCGCCGCAUGCACCUUUAGGGAGAACGGAAUGGAAGAACUGAACCCACAAUGAUGCUCUGUUCUCGGCACCUGUAAUCUAAUCUCCCCUCUGCAUCGGAUUAGCCUUCUAUUUACUACAAUGAUGUUACUACAUGUCUUGUUGCUGCUGUUGGUUCCAGUUGUGGAUGGUCAAGUGACUGGGUUGCCGCUGUAUGUGGCAUGGUCUUGCUCUACCACUUUUACUCCUGCGCCGGAAGAAGAAUGCGAUCGCUUGUUUUCCAGCAACGGUAUUGAUCCGGCUAGUGCUACCAGUGACUGCGAUUGCUUUGCUUUUUGCAACGGUGAUAAUGUGGAUUGUCUGGCGUAUGACGAAACAGGAGAAUACCAAUGCUCCAGUCUCGAUCUUGUCAAAACAUGCCGGAUAGAUCCUGAAGAAGAGGAAGAAGAAGGCAUAGCUCUUGGUGAUACCACAUUGGGAUCACUGACCAUCACAGCCUCGCAAAACAGCACGGCGGGAAACGUCACGUUUUCCAAUUCUACGUCGGCGGCCGUUGUCCAAAAACAAGCUGCACACUUGGUUGCAGUCACUGUCGUCAUGAUAGUUGGAAUAUGGACCAUGGCGCUGCCGUUUUAGCCGUUAGGUUCAGGUCCGUAAGCAAUGUCGAAGUAUCAAUUGUUCAGUGUUUUGGCAGGCAAUAAAAAGGAAACCUGAAGGAAGUAGAAGCUUUUCCCUCCUUCCUAUCUAUAAUAGCUAGCUUUCUAUAGAUUUUAAAAGGGAGGGCGAAGAGCUACAUGUACAGUUGUUGAUCGGUUGCUCUUUUUGAAAGCAGAAUAUUUACUUGUAC